AUGUCAGAAAAACAAGAUCGAAAUAAAAUUUUAAAAUCAUUAGAAUCAGAAUAUUUAACAAAUUUAUCAUUACAUUUAUAUUCAACUUUUUUAUUAAAAAGAAUAAACCCCAAUUUUCCAAGAGAUAAAUGGAGUAAUUGGCCAAAACUGUUUAGUCAAGUACCAAUACCUAUACAAAAUUAUGAGAAUAAUUUAAUAGAAGAUAGUAAUGACUCAACAAAAGUUCAAGAUAUUAAUUUAGAUUUUAAAUUAUAUGAAUUGGAAUUUGGAAAGUAUAUGGAUGGAUUUAAAUCUAAACGAUUAAAAGAUACUAAUUCAUAUUAUGUUAAGAAACGGAAGAAAAACGAGAAAGAAGAAGAAGAGGAGAAACAAUUGGAUGAGGAAGUUGAGGAUGAAUCAAUUGAGAAAGCCAAUGAAGAUGAAGAGAUAUAUAGUGAAAUAAGUGACGAAGUUAAUGAAGAUAAAUCUGAUGAUGAAGAUAGCAAGGACGAAGCUGCAUAUUUCUUAAACACAAAUAAUAAGAUUGUUGAUGUUGAAUAUAUUGAAAAUGUACCUUCUGGUAAAGAAGUUUUACAAAAUUCAAUAAAUUCAAUAUUACAAACUAAAAUUCAACAAAAAAUUUUUAAAUUGAAACAAGAAGGAAAAAUAGAUAAAAAUUUACAAUAUAAUAUAAAUUUUGAAAAUAAUGAAAAUAUGUUAAAUACAGUUAAUAUAAUAUCAACUAAAUUUGAUCAUUUAUUAAAUACAAUUUUUAAAAAAUAUAGAAAAAAAAAUUAUCCAUUAAAUUGGUUAAAAAUUAUGUUAGUUUCAUUAAUUAAUAAUUCACAAUCCAUCACGACAUCAAAACAAUUAUUAGUAAAUUGUGAAAAAUUAUUUAAUUCAAAUAUAACUUCAGAUAUAUAUAAAUUUGAAAAUGAUGAAAUACCGUCUGAUGCAAUUACAGAAAAUAAUGGUUUUGAUGUUGUUAAAUAUUUGUAUUCUUUAACUCCUUAUUAUCAAUAUAAUGGUCAAAUGAAUUAUUUUGAAUUAUCUGAAACUUAUUUAAAAAAUCAUAAAAUUAAUAAUGAAAUUGAUAAUGUUGUUUUAAAGGAUAUAAAGAAUACAAUACGAUUUAAUGAAAGUUUGGAUAAGGAAAGAAAAAAGGAUGAUGAUUCUGAGUUGGAAGAGAGUGAAUUGAUUGAUGAAAGUGAGGGAGAUGAAGAAGAUGUUGAAAAGGACGAAAAUGACGAAAAUGUUGAAAUUGACGAAAUUGAUGAAAGUGAUGAAAGUGAUGAAAGUGAUGAAAGUAACGUAAGUGAUGGUGAUGAAAGUGACGAAAAUGAUGAACCUAAUGAGCCUAAUGAAACUGAUAAUACUGAUGAUAACGAACCGAAACUGAAACGACACAAGGCGGAUGGAAAAGAUUUAAUAGAAAUGUAUACUAUAAAAUAA